AUGUCCCUUACAAAGCUUCCAAAUGAGAUCUACGACGAGAUCUUUGCUUAUCUCGAGCACAUGGCCGACAUCUUCAGCAUUUGCGCGACGCACUCCACCUUCAAAGCCUCGGCACAGCGGCGUCUAUUCAAGUCUGUACAACUGCCCGUGGAGCGGUAUGUCGAAUUGAGAAAAUGCAAGCUCUUCUUACGGACCAUCAAGGCGAGUCCAGAGCUAGCAGUCUUUGUUCGAUGUGUUCAGCUGGAUAUUUCAGAGCAAAGGAUAGACGAACAACACCUCAUUCCAGAUAUUCUGGGAAAGCUGCCGCAACUGGAGGAGAUUUGUUUCACCUUCCCUGAGGGUCCAGGCAACUCUGUACUGUAUCAAGCACAGAUCCAGGGAUUAUACAAUGGGGUCAAGAAUACGUGCGCUCCGAAGGUUGUCAUACGAAGUUCCUGUCCCAUCGUCGUCUCGAAGUUGAUGCAGAUUCCGUCUGCUAAAGAGAUCGUGAUCAGGCCUGAGUGUGUCAUGAAUCCGCCAUCGUACCACGCUCGGCAUCCAGCAUAUUCCUGGGAAGAACCCGUAAUUCUACCGAACCUCUGCGGCAUCGAUCUGAGCAGCUUCCGCGUCAACCCGCUCGAAAUCUCCAAGAUCUGCAUGCAUGCCAUCAAUCUUAGGCGAUUCAACGCCACGGUUCCGAGAUCGGUUCUCCCAAACGCCAUUGUAGAUGCCCUAACCCCGGUCUGCGGGACCCUUCAGUCACUCGAGCUACAACAUCCCUCACGGUGCAGCAUCUCGGCGCCAACCCAUCGGACCCAGGCGGACUUCUCCACCUUUUCAGCGCUCAAAUCCUUACGCGUCCCAUCGACGAUGUGGUUUCCAACGGUCCAGUGUGGCUUCAACCAGCGCGAGGACACAGGGUUUGCAUGGAAGCAUGGGAACCGCCCCGACAUCUCAGCACUCCUUCCUCCAAGCCUUGAGACUCUCGACAUCCGGUUUGCAUGGCCCACGGGGAUCUUCGCUAUGGGAGGGAACUAUCAGCGCCAGUUCCUAGCCCUGCCGGACGCACUUCAAGCCAAAGGGUUCCACUGGAUCAUGGAGCUCACGGCGUCCGCCGGUUGCAGACACGUUCGACUGAUCGAAGAGGAUUCCCACGCCGAUUGCGAUAAUGGCGGGGCUACGCCGUUCUGGGGGCAUCCUCGCCGCCAGCCGCUAGCUCAGAGGGCGUUCCUUGCCCCGAGAGCCGUGAAGGACGUGUUUGAUGCGGCUGGCGUGACGUUGGACAUUAAAGUGUACGAGCGGGAGGAGUGGAAGCGAAAGAGGACUGACUAG